AUGUAUGAUCUAAGCAGUAAUUUGGUUGGGCAUAACCAGGACGUUAAGUGUGUUAUUGCAAUUAGUGAUACCGAGGUCGUUACCGGAUCUAGGGAUGGAACUGUUCAGAUUUGGAAUAGGGAUGAGACUAAAGGCAACGUUUGGAAUAAUGGAAUGAUUAUUCACAGGGAUAUUAAAUACGUAAAUUGUGUUUGCUUUGAUGAGGAAGAUCAUUUGGUUUAUUAUGGUGGUCAAAAUAUGUUAAUUAAAGCCGUAUCACCAUUGGUUGAUAUGGAUCAGGAGGCUACUUAUUGUUUAGCUGGUCAUAAUGGUAAUGUCUGUGGGCUUAGCAGUGGAAAUGGUUGGGUAAUCAGUAGCAGUUGGGAUAAAACUGCCAAGGUUUGGUAUAAGGGCGACCUGAAGUUUGAUCUACGUGGUCAUACUGCAGCGAUAUGGCAUGCGAUUAUUUUACCUGGUGAGAAUAGGUUCCUUACUGCAUCUGCAGAUAAGACUAUCAAGCUUUGGGAAGGAUCUAAGGUUUUGAAAACUUAUGAAAGCGUGCACAAUGAUGUUGUUAGAUAUGUUACCGUUUCACCUUCUGGGGAUAGUUUCCUGAGUUGCUCUAACGAUGGAACUAUUAAGCACUGCGAUUUUGACGGUAAAGUGCUUAAAACUUUUGAAGGUCAUGAAAGUUUUGUAUACUGUGUCAAAUUUCUGGGGUCAGAUAGAUUGGUGAGCUGUGGGGAGGAUCGAUCUGUUAGAAUUUGGAGUCUUAACGGAGAGAUCUUACAGGUGAUUAGGGUUCCAGCGGUUUCUAUAUGGUCACUUGAUGUGCUGUCAAAUGGGGAUAUAGCAGUUGCAAGCAGCGACAAUUUAGUAAGAAUCUUCACUGCAGACGCUGUGCGUCUUGCCUCGAGUGAGGAAAUUGAAAAACUAAAGAAUGACGUGACUUCAAUGGCCAUAAGUUCUCAGACUAUGGAGUUCGAUGAAAGCAAGUUGUCUCCACCUGAAGUCUUAAAUGCGCCGGGCAAAAAAGAAGGGCAGGUAGUUGUUGUCAAGAACGCUGCUGGGGUUAUAGAAGCCCACCAGUUUUCCUGUGGCCAAUGGUCGAAGAUCGGAGAUGUUGUCAGCUCCUCCAGUAACAGCCAGAAGCAAGAGUAUGAGGGCAAAAUGUACGAUUAUGUCUUUGAUAUUGAUGUUCAAGAAGGCAGCCCUGUCUUAAAGUUGCCCGUCAACGCUAAUGACAACCCUUAUGAUGUUGCUGAUAAAUUCAUUGCACGUUACGAACUACCUACCAGUUACAAGGAGCAAAUUGUGGAAUUCAUUUUGAAAAACACAGAAACGGUGGGCUUUGAUCAAACAACUGCUUCUGAAACGUCUUCGUCACGUUCCAGAAAAGUCCUACCUGUUAAAAUCUAUUUGAAAAUAAACUCUUUCAAUCCGGAUUCAUUAUUUACCGGUAUCACCAAAUUAAACGCCACUGAGGGCAAAUUGGACGAUGAUAAUCUAGCAGCUCUAGCCACAGGUUUACAUGACUUAGAUAACAACUACGAGCUACUUUAUUCCAAAGCAGUCUCUAUCCGCUCCACAUGGACAACCAAAACUCCAGCUUUUGACAUCAUGAGACUUAUUGUUCACAAGCUGCCUAGUGCAGACUCUAUAAGUAAGUUCGUGGACGCAGGAUUCGAUUCCAAGGAUCCUAUCCUAACCAUGUUGACCACAAGAAUGUUAGUCAAUGCCUUCGAAAACCCUAUUUGGGGUUCUGAACUCAUGUCUUCUAAAGCCAUGUACGAGUCCGUUUUCGAAUUGCUAGACUCUGAAGUACCUAAAAUGAAACCGCAGCAUCAAAAUAGUUACGCUGUGGCUGUCGCCACAUUGAUAUACAAUUACACUGUUCUUGCUUUAAAGGAACAUAACUUAGACAUUGUAACAGUACUUGCAAAUGAGCUGAACAACAAAUAUGGUCCUUCAAGUCUUCUUCAGAAUAGCGAAGAGGCUUCAUAUCGGUUGCUAGUCGCUUAUGGUAAUUUAAGCACAUUGGAACCAAGUUUAUCUCAAUUCGCAUCCAGCAUCACAUGGUUGAAACAUAUUAGGACUAAAUACUCUCAUUUGAUUAAGUUUCAGGAUAUUUUCGAGGAUAUAUAA